GCAAAAAUGUGGUUUUCUGAUCUAGAUGUUUUAGAUUUUGAUAAUGAAAUAAUAGCAGAACAAUUACAGGCAGAAAUUAUGCAUACUAUAAAAAGAUAUAUUCAUAUUGGACAUAAUUUAAAUGAAGAUGAAAAAAUACAAGUUACAAUAUCUGAUUUAAGAAGAACUUCAGUUGCAAAUAUAGAAUCUAUAUACAAUAAUUAUAAUAUUAAAACAAUUUCUGUUAUUACUCAAUUGUUUUACUUUGAAUGGCUAAUUAAUAAUGUAGAAGAAGCAUUUAAAUUAAAUAAAGGUUGGACAUUGAAGAAUAAUAUAAAUAAAACAGACCAAAUGACUGCAAAGAAUAUAAUAAAACAACUUCAAAUUCUUGCUAGAGAAGGUGAAUUUCAAGUUGAAAACAUUUUUAAUGUAGCUAAAGUCACAAAUUGGUUUGCAUGA